AUGCAACGAGCUACACUUCAUUGCCGAGGCGAUGCAAAGAACCUGACGAUGCCUCCAAUUGAGCUGCUCUGUCAGGAUGCCAGAGGCUUGAAGACGAAACAAGAAGUUGACUUGCGUAACUUCACCUGUGUCUCCAAUGAAUGGCUGUUUGCUAUUGCGUCACAUCCGGCUGCAAGUGGUUCUGGUACUUUUCGGACGCUUAUACUGGCAGGAACGUCUAUUACCGACAGCGGCAUUGUACAUCUGAGCAAACUCAAGUCUCUGACGAGUCUCGACGUCUCUGGUUGCCACGCACUGACCGAUGCAGGCUUGAACACCAUCCGACGUCAACUGAGCUCACUGCAGACAUUGCACCUUGACGAAUGUUAUCAUUUUUCCAGUGCUGUUCUCUGUAAUGUUUGGAAAGAUUGCAAGCGUCUUCACUCUCUAUCUAUUCGAGGGUGUCCAGGCGUCACCGACGCAUUCUUGCAAUGUCUAGCAACCACAAAGCGAUCAUCUGAGGCAAAUCUUCGGUCACUAGAUGCUCGCCAGUGCAAACAUUUAACUUCGUCUGGAAUUUCCUAUCUCGCCAACUCUUCCUUGAAAGAUAUGAAAAUAAAUUACCUCGCUGUGGAUGACUGUCUUGGUGUGGACAACGUGGCUUUCUUUGGGUUCGAGACGAGUCCGGGUCUUCGCUCCCUCUCAUCAUUGAGCUUGAGUGGACUUUGUGUCGACGAGACGGCGAUAAGUUGGAUCGUUAAAGGCUGCGGAGCGUCUUUACAGUGUCUCAACGUUGCACGAUGUAAAGUAUUAUCGGAUUUUGCCCUACUACUCAUGGCUCCUUUGAUCUCCUCGCCUCGGUUUAUCAAACUCAACUUGCAAGAAUGUCCCCUUAUUACCAAUACAGGCAUCAAGAACCUCUUUUCUCUCGAGGAAGAGAAGAAUCAAGACGACGAUGAGAUUUUACCAACGAGUUUGGCAUUUCUAAAUCUGAAAAACUGUUUAAAUAUUGGAGAUGACGCCAUGGUUUUAAUUGGGAAAUACGGUGGAAAUCUGAUCAAACUCAACCUGAAAGGGCUUCGAAAAGUGUCGGAUCGAGGAAUAAUGGAACUCGCUAAAGGAUGUCCGUUGCUGAAGAAAAUGUCGCUUUCUGGGAGAAAUAUAACAGUACAAACGUUUAAAUUACUCGGAAAAUUGUGUCGGAAAUUGCAAGUUUUGGACAUUUCUAGGCGACGAGACCUAGAGUCUCCAGCGUGUUUUCUGCAUCUUGUAUCAAGAGUGCAUCCACUGCUACGAAUCGAUUUGAGCGCCACAAACGUGUGUGAUGCAGGAGUGACCUUACUGGCGUCUGCUUGUCGGCAAUUGGAAAAUAUCAAUUUGUCCAAGUGUGCUCAGAUCACGGAUUUUGCAGCUGAAGCGCUUGCUUCACGGUGUUUCCAGCUCAGAAUUCUCCUCUUAGCCAACGCGCGUGGCAUCACUGAUAGGACUCUGACGGCACUGGCGUUCACAAAAAUUCCGUUGGAAAUUCUCGACUUGAGUGGCAACACACGCGUAACAGACGAAGGUCUUCUCGUAUUGUGUAGCGGCUGUCAGCAGAUCCAGGAAUUGCGUCUUAAAGGCUGUGAUCGACUAUCUCAAAAAGUAGUCAAGUGCUGUAACGAUAACCUCCUGCCUUUUACUAAGCCGUUUACUGCUGCUUCAUUGGUUAAAACACUUGCUACGGGAGGUGGAAACUCGGCCAUGGUGCUCGAACCAUUGCCGAAAGUGCACAUCGAGCUACUUCAGCUGCUACAGAUGCAGUAUGAAGCUGCUGUCGUCUUGCAGAAUCGAUUCCGCAAGUGGCAAAACAAGAAUUUCACAAUACAUUUUCUUGCAAAUCGUCGAUUAUUGCGUGAAACCAGAGCAGCUCGAAAAAUUCAAAACUGCGUUCGAGAUUUCUUGGCCUGGCGUCGCUUUCUACACCUGCUCUCUCUUAAGGAAAGUGUGGCUAAGAUUGUGUUGGUACAAGCGCAUGCUCGUGGUAACCGAGGUCGACGAGAAUUUCGAACUUGGUGCUUUACUGCAAAUUUUGCAGCUCGACGAAUUCAAAAAUUCUAUCGACCACACUACAUUUUUCGACAAAAAAAUCGCAAUUACAACGCUCGUGAAAUUCAGCGAGUGUACCGUGGGUAUCUUGGUCGUCAAAGAUACCACCAACUUAUCUACGAACGCAAACUUAAAUGUGGAGGUAAAAUUUGGCAAUGGUAUCGAAAAUGCCUCAAUUAUCGAGAAUUUCAAGCUCGAUCUCGAUGGCUAGUCAAGAAAAUCUACAGCAUUCAAGGCCAAUGGCGCAAGUACAAACGUCGACAGAAUUUCACCAAAUACAUGGCCUAUUAUCGCAAUGCAGCUAUCAAGAUCCAGAGUGUGUGGAGGCAGAAAUUGGCGAUCAAUCACGUGACAUUUGGCUCGAAUACGCACGAUGCCGGGCACGAAAGUUGUACUUGUAUCGACGAAAUUUGA